AGCCGACAAGACGACAUGGAUCUCAUGGUCGGCCAAGAACACUUCUCCGAAAGUCACGGCCACUGUUUCCUGGACGAUCAUACGUUUUACGGCAGCCGUCGCGGCCACAGCGAGCUGGACUUGGAUCGCAGCUUGAGUUCCAAGAGGACGAGCCACACCACCAUCGACAGUUUAGCAGCGGCCGCGGCGGCGGCGGGCUAUUCGCUUGCAUCGUCUUCCCCGGAUCCUCCAAAUGGCGCCGCGGUUAGCGCCGCUACUGGCGCGGCGAAUCCUGGUCGGGUGUUCCGGGGAGUCCGGAAGAGGCCGUGGGGGCGAUGGUCCGCGGAGAUUCGCGACAGGAUUGGGCGGUGCCGGCAUUGGUUGGGAACGUUUGAUACUCCAGAGGACGCUGCCAGGGCCUACGAUGCGGCGGCCAGGAAGCUGCGAGGCGCCAAGGCCAGGACGAAUUUCGCGAUCCCGAGCUCGUCCGGGCAGCCCAUCAUCCCACCGGCAGUCUCCCACCAUCAUCACCAGCAGCAGCAGCAGCAAUCCAAGUGUCACGGUACCAACAUUUUGCUGAGCAGUAGCUCCUCCAGCAGCGGCUACCAGCAUCAGCAGCACAGCUACGAUCUCGAUCUCAAGCUCAAGCUCUGGAAUUCCUCCAAUUCGUCGUCGUCUUAUCGGAGAUCGUAGUGGGAUUUGACUCCCCUGUUUUUAGGGUUCUUCAAAUGUUAAUGAAAAUCUCGGCCUUUUCGCGCGCGCCUUGUU